CAAAACAAAAUUCCACACCGACAACUGGAGAAGCAUGGACAGAAACCCCACACAGCUCAGAAGGCAAUUAGAAUUACCAUGGCAGAUUGGGAGAAAAUUGUACAUGGAAAAAAGCCAUGGUGAGGGCUAUAGUCCUUAUGGCCACAUUGCUGAUUCUGAUGCCAGUAAUGGGGUCUCCCAUACAAGGUCAUCUAUUUAUCCUUUCGGAAGUGUGGCUGGGUGAGGACUGUACUGGGCAAAAGCACAAGCACCCAAUUUUCAAGAAAGCACCUAGGAACAAAUGAACAUAUUUUGAGAGGAAAAAGUAAUUUAAGGAACAUACUGAAGAAUAUAAAUGCAGAAAGGAAAGGCCAAAAUAUGGGAUUUAAGAAAUAUGGCCUGUUACCUAAAUGUUUUCAGCAGCAAACAAGCUUUCUCAUGCAAGAAAAGAUCAAGGUGCAGAUGCAAAAAACAAUAACUAACAAAUCUGUUAAUGAAAAUCAGAAGUUUCCAUUUGUACAUGUAUUUAUUUACCAAAGAAAUCAUGAUAGCAUACAGAAGAUAUCUUCAGCACGUAAAACAUUGUUGUUUAAGGUUCAAGAAAAAAAACUGUCUGCAUUUCAAAGAAAAACAUACAGAAUCAACAAAAUAAUAAGAAAAUGGGCCAGUUUGUUCAGAGCUAAAAAAGAAAGCAAAUCGGGAGAAAAUGGAAUGGAAAUAUCAACAAUUUACUGUAUGGUACCUUCCAUAAUGACAUUUCCAGCCAUUAAAAUUGUCAUAGGUAUAAAACAUGAAUUAUUUAGUUCAGAAACGGAUCAAGCAAAGCCAUCAGUCUACAUGACAAAAAUGCUGAAACAUCUCAUACAACUCUCACAGAGAGUAAAUAAGAAAUAUUUUAGUGUUGCUCAGAAGGGACUUAGACUUUCAACUCUGAAGGCAUUCAUGGUAAGACAGUGUCUUGAUAAUGAAGAGAAUUUUACAACGUUGUUAUACCUCUAUAAACACAUUUUAAAUGAGCCCUCGGUUCUUGAAAGAACCAGACGAUCAACAGAAGAAGAAACUGUACCAAUAUCUGUAGAUUAUUUGAGGCAUUUAACCUCUGCUAUUAUAGCAUGUGCUACUAUUUUUGGAAUUGCUCUGUUUAUUUUGGCAUUAGGAGCAGCUUACCUGUACUAUAAAAGAAGGCAACUUGGUCAAUUUUUCAACAAUGUGUUGAAUGGUGGAAAAACCAGAAAACAAUCUAAAUCCAUUGAUUCCCAAUGUGAUGCACCUAUUUCUCUUUCACGGAGUUUUCAUUUGGCACAACCACAGGAAUCAAAGAAGAAACAGACAUCACUGUCAAUAGCUGCUAGAGCUUCUUCCAAAGUGGAAUCUGAUUUUGUUACUAUAAAAGAAAUAUAUUGCAGCUCUGAUACAGAAGGAGGCAGUUCAAAAAUGUCACCCAGAAGUUUGACUGUAAGAUCCAGAGCAUAUGUGUUUCCAUCUCAGUCCAGUGAGAGCAUAGAGUCGUUCUGUGAUGAUGGAUGUGAUGUUUCCUCUUCACAACUUUCCUUAUCGGCAGAAAUCAUCAUGGAAAACAGGAACUUAAAUCUGACCAGCACUACCCCAAAAGAAAAGGAAUGGGUUCUGGUUGCAAAUCAGCCAGACCUCUGUCUACGUAACAAUCCAGAACACCGUACGUCGAGUGGCUUGUUACCACAGCUAAACGAAGCAACAAUUUCAAGGUCAAAAUCUGAAACUGAAAUCAUAAGACUUUCCUCUAGUUCUAGUAAAGUAUCACGUGCAGUCAAGUCAUUGACCCAUAUUUGUGUAGUACAAAAUCCAUGAUCAGUAUCUGUAUGUCUCAUUGAAUAGUUUUCACUAAUCUCACAAAUGUUGAUGACUCUAAUUUCACCCCCCAACAGCAAAUUCUUUGAACAAAUAUGUUU